AUGGCCCGGGAGACGCUCUCUGCGAUCAUCCAAACACCCGCAGCGGCCAGCAAUCUUGCUAUCAUAGAUGUCCGAGAUUCUGACCAUGUUGGCGGCAACAUCGUCACUUCGCAAUGGGUCCCCAGUUCCUCCUUUGAUGUUCAUGUCCCAGAGCUUAUCCGGACUCUCAAGGACAAGGAAAAAGUCGUCUUUCACUGUGCUCUGAGCCAGCAGCGCGGCCCAUCAGCUGCUCUAAAAUACGCGAGAGAACGAGCUAGAGUGCUCGGUGAGGAUGAAAGCGCCAAACAGACCAUCUUUGUUCUUGAUGGGGGCUUCGUCAAGUGGCAGGAGGUCUUCGGCAACGACCCGAAACUCACUAAUGACUACGUCAAAGAUAUCUGGGACGACUACUGA